AAAUCAGAUGAGCAGCUGUUGGCAUGUUUGCUACAGUAGAGGCUGAACCUGCCCAAAGGCAUAAAGGCUUGGUUGCUACGGUCACGUGCAGCUCGUCGCGCUUGACGCGUACCGGCCGAUAAGGCACUCGAUAAACAACACCAUAGCUCCCAUGUAGAGCAUCAAUGCGCCGCACGCCAUGGCUACUGCUCCAGACUACAAAAACAUCCCCCACUCACAUCGCCUGCCUGUCACCCACCGCGAUAUCCAGCGCACCUUCACGAAGUUGUCCCGCCAAUCGCUCAUCUCGCUCGCGCAGCAAUGGCUGAGCAAGAAGAACCGCGACUUCUGCAGGCCAUUUCUCCUCGGCGACCGCAAUGGGACCGAAGACGAGGAAGACGAUGAACUGAGCGAGGAGCUAUAUGAGCCGGCACAGAGCUUUGAGGAGCUGCUUGAGACAUACAAGGAGCUGGCCGCGCGCAAGGGCGGGAGGAGAGAGGUGCUUGACCGCAUACUUGAGGGAGACUGGAGGAGCGGGAUAUCAAUGUACAUGCUCGCCACGGCCGAGAUACAAUAUCUGCUCGACCAUCCUAACUCGUUGCGCUGGACUGCCAGGCGAUUGACAAGGAUACCCAAUGCACGCUCAGCCGUUACCGACAUGGAGGUCACGAACGACUCAGAUCAUCUCCCCCGCUUCCAAGCACAGACGUUCAUGUCGAAUCUUGCCCGCGAGCUGAUUCCGCUGAUGAAAGCGCACUAUCUGAUCACCAGGAUCAAGACAUCGCCCAUGACUAUUCUACGUGUCUACAUCCACGACUCUCCGUAUAGCAACGAGAGCUCACUGGCUCUGGACACAAGCGGCUCAGAUAGUGCUAAGGCUGUAUUCUUCGUGUGGCCCAAUGGGUCGCCGUUCGUAUAUUCGUCCCUGGCAACACACACCGGACAGGUAGUGGGCGAUGACGGCCGACAUUUGAGGGACAUCGUGCAGCAGGCAAUACCUAAGGCUUUUUCCCGACCUUCGGCAAGGUAUCAACUCACAAGCACGAACUUCACCAGCAAAUCACUCGAUGCUCUUCUCACCUACCGGGGGCCGGGUAAGAGUAAUGGCGCCAUGGGAGGUUGGAGUAUCUUUCAAGAUCAUAGCUUCAGCCAAAAUGCAUUGGACUUUAUCACUACUCAGAAAAGUGACGAGCACGGCAAGGAGAGCAAGGGAAAGCAUGUCGCCAACACUUCGGCCAAGAUCGGGCCCGGGCGGCCAAAGAGGUCCCUAGAUGCCACCGAGACGCCCGAGUCGAAGUGGAGGAAGGAAGUGGCACAGGGCAGAUUUGGAACUUCUGCGCAGCCUGACGACGGUCAGGGUCUUGAGCGAUUCGAGGUCCGCAUUGACGAUCCCUUUCCAGUCACACAAAGCCCUGGUGCAGAGACAGACGGUCACACCCCGAGAUCUAGUGCGCAAACGUCGAAUCGCGGACGUAGAGGUCGACCCUCAAUCCUCGACAGAACAGCCGAAGAGACCGAGCAGCUCCAAAACGAAGAAGGCUGGACGCCUAACGUCCGCAUCGCAUUUACAGGCACACACGUCUUUGCUGGCAUCAGACAGCUGGUCGAAGAGGGCAUCGUCGACGGCGAGAAGAUGCCCGGGUGGAUGACAGGCGAGGCGGCUGUUACCAUAGGCGCUGUGAAGAAUGGCAGAAUGAGAGCGAAAGACGGUGUCCCCGGUACUUGAACGUGUCAUUGUGGGCUUAGCGGGCGUCAUGAUGUUGAUAUACCCAGGGUAGUGCGGCGUACGGCGUUCUUGUUGGUGCUACUGGCGCUGCAAGAUUGGUAACGAAGCUUUGAUCUCUAACAAGUCAAUUGAUCACGAAUGA